AUGACUGCCAAUAGUGACAUGAUUCCUCAGUUGAUCGACCUCUUGAAGACUACGCGUGGAGUGAAGAGGGAGAUUACUAACAAUGAAACGAACCCUCUCGAGGCAAUUCGACUUGUUUCGGAUGGCAUCAAUGAUGGCCAUCCACGCGAGUCUGGAGCCUUGCAAGCUGUUCUAGCCAUAGCCCAGAACUCGCCUGAUUAUGGGGGUCUCGGUCUCACUCUAGGGAGUGAGGUCUCGGAAAAGGACCGCAAUGAGCUCAUCUUUCUGUGCUCGGCAUGGCUAGAGGCGCUGAAUUCUGCUGAUCGAGCUAGGCGCAUCCGAGCGCCCAUCUCAACCAGGCCGCCAGGUCGUCGUCCAAUGAACGUGACUGAGAAGAUCUUUGCCAUGCACGAUGUGGACAGCAAGGGAUGGGUAGAACCGGGAACUGUAAUCAGAGUCGCGGUCGACUGGAUCAUGGCCAGUGAGCUCAGUUGGCAUGGCAUGAUAUCAGUCUACAACCGGCUCGGAGACCCGGGAAUAUUCCGAAACGACCGGUUCUGGAUUGCGGGCGACCACGUCGUGGACCCUCGCAACUACGAGACGGAUUUAUCAAAAAAGCUCAUUGCACAGACGGACAAGGCACGACGCUCCUUCAAGAUGACCGAGUUUCAGGGUCAUAACUACACCAUUAUGCACACAGAGUUCUUCCGGGAGCGAACGCAGCCAGGACAACUGAUUAUAGGCAGCGACAGCCACACCUGCAGCAGCGGCGCCAACGGAUGCCUUGCCAUAGGUAUGGGAGCCGCCGACGUGACCAUGGCACUCGUCACGGGCGAGACGUGGUUCAAGAUACCCGAGGUUGUCGAGAUCCGCUUCGUGGGAAAACCACCGCGGGGAGUCGGUGGCAAGGACGUUAUACUAUAUGUCCUGCAGCAGCUCAAGCGAAACACGGUAGCUGCCGAGCGUGUAGUUGAAUAUACCGGCCCGGGACUGGACUACCUUGGACCGGACGCGAGGUUUGCUGUUGCGAACAUGACGACUGAGUUUGGAGGCAUCACGGGCAUCUUUGUCCCCGACCACGUCACUGGCGAGUUCAUCAAUCAGCGCAAGCUGAAAAGGUAUAAAGAUGACAGCCACUACUUCAAGGCCGAUGAGGGAUGCCAGUACGCCGAGUCACAUAUCAUUGACUUGAGUAAGGCAGAACCCUUUGUAGCCAAGUAUCCAAAUCCUGAUGAUGUCGUGCCCGUCAGCGAGAUGAAGACCACCGAUUUAGACGGCUGUUUCAUCGGCGCUUGUACGACGGCCGAGGAGGACAUCAUCAUGGGUGCUCUUGUGCUACAAGAAGGACUCAAGGCUGGAAAAGUGCCCGUGGCCAAAGGCAAGCGAAGGGUAACUCCGGGAAGCCGCCCAAUCACCGACAUGCUCAAGAGAACCGGCCUCUACGAGGUUUAUGAGAGGGCUGGAUUUGAAAUUGGCGCUCCUGGGUGCAGUUACUGCGUAGGAAUUGCCGCAGACGUUGCCCAGGACGGCGAAAUGUGGCUUAGCAGUCAGAAUCGAAACUUCAAGAAUCGCAUGGGGCGAGGUUCGAUCGGCAAUCUUGCUUCAGCUGCCACUGUGGCGGCCUCCUCCUUUGACAUGAAGAUAACCUCACCCAACGAACUCGUCUCCAAGAUCACUGAUGAACAGUGGGAGAGAGUCAAGGGAAAGGGAUCCCUUUCUUCCACCGUACCAAGUAUCCGGCCACAGUGGGUUGAGCCGCCGGAAGCUGCAAAGGAAGCAGACGCAGGCAAGGAGGAGUCCACUGAUACCAGCAAAGAGCCUGCAAGGAAUAUUUCAGACGCGGAUACCGAAGAGGCAAGGAUGGAAAACGUUCAAUCAAAAGUGUACCGCCUUGGAGACUUUAUCGACACAGAUGCUUUGGCUCCGGCGCAGUUUCUCGUGACGGCCAAGGAUGACGAAGAGUUUGGGUCGCACUGCCUCGAGUACACUCACCCGGACUUUCGUCAAAGGGUCAAAGAGGGAUCCAAAAUUGUCGUAGCUGGCAAAGCAUUUGGCUGUGGCUCAUCUAGGAUGGAAGCUGUACAGGCGCUUCUCGGCGUUGGCGUUCAGUGUGUCAUUGCCAGAUCCUUUGCUUUCAUAUAUGCACGGAACCAGCCCAGUCUCGGCCUGUUGGGGAUCACGAUUACAGAUGAAGCAUUCUAUGAUGCUGCCCAGGAUGGAGCAGAGAUGGAGAUUGACUUGGCCAACAACGUCGCCAAAGUCGGGGAUAAAGACUUUCCGUUUGAGCUGAGCCAAAUGGAGAAGAGCCUGACGAGCCUGGGAGGCGUAGCACCGGCUUUCAGCAAGUUCGGAAAGCACAUCUUUGAUGCUUUGACGGGAGGAACGCGCAGUGCUAAGAGGAGUCUCAAGGAUCAUAGCACGGCUGCCGCGCCGCUUUCGUGGUGA